CAAGACCGCUGCAGAAGCGCAACUGCCCAGGGGAGGACGAAUACGUGGGCUAUCUUUGUAACUUGGUACUUCCAGCCAGGUAGACCAUAUGUCGCCAGGCAAGACGCCAUGUAGAUGAUCUGUUGGGAAGUGUUAGUCCCAGUAUCAGGCUCAGUGGGACUCACUCACGCAGGAGGCAUGCAAUCCACGCUCCUCCAGCUCUUCACGAUACUCUUGUUCAGCACGAGCGUCGAGCUUCAGUGCCUCGUUUGGAACCGGCAAAGCUUCACGCCUCAUGGGGCAAACCGCAGCAAUACCGCCAGACGCAGCGAGAGCGAGGAUAACGAGGCUAGAAGACCGCAUAUCGAGUGUGAAGGCAGAGUCGGGUUCUUGGAGAAAUUGAAUUCCAGGUGGUGAUUGAAAAUAUGAUUCUCGCAGGAUGAAGGUAAAAGUGAUCUCUUUGGUCUGUCGGUUUCUUUCCUA